CUAACAAAACAGUAGUUUCACUAGACAGAACAUCAACUCAACUCAUCUCUCUCUCUCUCUAAGUUCAAAUUGCAAAGGCAAAGGGCUUGAACUACCAAAAAAGCGCUAUUCUUGCCCUUAUUGUACAGAUUGACCAUCUGGAUUCAGAACCUAAAUCUAUGUGGGGAAUUGUAAGAGGGUAAUACUUCGAGUGGAUACUAGCUCUCUCUGAAUUUCAAAGCUGAAAGGAGAGGAACUGGAUACCUACUUGGAUAAUAGCCACCAGGCAGCAGGGCAGACAAUGGCGCCUUCCCGGGUGGCUGGUGGAUUAGCAGGAUUGGCUAAUUCUUCUACGAAUUCUGGAAUCUUUUUCCAAGGUGAUAGGCAGUCUCAUGUUGUUGGAAACUCACACUUGAGUUCUUUUGGAAACUCUAUUAAUUCAAAUUCUGGAAACCUGCGUUCUAACAUGGGGCCAAAUUCCGGGGAUGUAAGUAAUACAUUAUUAAACAGUGUGGCUGCCUCUGGGCCUAGUGUUGGAGCAAGCUCAUUGGUUACUGAUGCAAACUCGGGACUUUCUGUUGGCCCAAAUCUUCAGAGGAGUGCUAGCUUUAAUACAGACUCGUACAUGCGGUUACCAGCUUCACCCAUGUCAUUCUCGUCCAAUAACAUAAGCAUUUCAGCUUCAUCAGUCCUGGACGGGUCUUCUGUUGUGCAGCAGAACUCUAACAAAGACCCUAAUUGCUAUCAGAGUCAACAACACCAAGGGACAUCUAGUGCCACAUCAUUUUCAGCUGGGCGAGCGGGGCAAAUAUCACUUCCUUCUGGCCCAAGAAUUCCUGGAUCUUUCAUUCAAGAUCCCCUCUCGCACUUGCAGAAGAAGCCUCGAUUGGAUAUUAAACAGGAAGACAUCCAGCAACAACAGGCUAUACAACAGAUUCUACAAAGACAAGAUCCUAUGCAGAUACAAAACCCUAAUCCUCAGUUGCAAGCUUUAAUACAGCAACAGCGACUUAGGCAACAGCAGCAGCAACAGCAACAACUACUGCAGUCUAUGCCACAAAUGCAGCGAGCUCAGUUGCUGCAGCAACAGCAGCAGCAGCAGCAGCAGCAGCUGCAGAUGAGACAGCAGCUUCAACAGGGGGUGCAGCCUGCUUCUGCUGGAAAGCGACCUUAUGAUGGUGGCGUUUGUUCUCGUCGACUGAUGCAGUAUCUAUAUCAUCAGAGGCAGCGACCACAAGACAAUACUUUUACCUACUGGAGGAAAUUUGUGGCGGAGUACUAUUCUCCACGGGCAAAGAAAAGAUGGUGCUUGUCAUUAUAUGAUAAUGUUGGGAUUCACUCUCUUGGUGUAUUUCCUCAGGCGGCCAUGGAUGCUUGGCAGUGCGAUAUUUGUGGUUCGAAAUCAGGAAGGGGAUUUGAGGCAACUUUUGAAGUACUCCCUCGACUAAAUGAGAUUAAAUUUGGUAGCGGAGUCAUUGAUGAGCUUUUGUAUCUUGACUUACCACGUGAAUGUAGACUUUCUUCCGGAGUAAUGAUGUUGGAAUAUGGAAAAGCAGUUCAGGAAAGUGUUUAUGAGCAACUGAGGGUGGUUCGUGAGGGCCAGCUCCGUGUCAUAUUCACCCCAGACCUAAAGAUAUUAUCUUGGGAAUUUUGUGCAAGGCACCAUGAAGAACUUCUUCCCCGUAGGUUGGUUGCACCACAGGUGAAUCAGUUGUUACAGGUUGCACAGAAAUGCCAAAGCACUAUUACUGAAAGUGGGUCAGAUGGGGUCUCUCAGCAGGAUUCGCAGAAUACUAGUAAUAUGAUGGUGACAGCUGCCCGCCAAUUUGCUAAGAGUCUAGAGUCGCAGUCUUUGAAUGACUUGGGAUUUUCCAAAAGAUAUGUGCGAUGCUUACAGAUAUCGGAGGUUGUCAACAGCAUGAAGGAUCUUAUGGAUUUCUGCAGAGACCAGAAAGAUGGACCAAUGGAGAGUUUAAAGAAAUUCCCUCGACUUGCCAGUCCUGCCAAGUUUCAGCUUCAGAAGAUGCAGGAGUUGGAACAGAUGGCCAGUAUUAAUGGUUUGCAAACUGAUCGUGGAACACUCAACAAGCUAGUAGCACAAAAUGGGGGGCUUAAUAAUCAGAUCAAUUGUAACAAUCAAAUGGUUGGGCGAGCAGCCUUAAGUGGGUCGCCUCAAGCUGCCAUGGCCCUUUCAAACUAUCAGAAUAUGCUGAUGAGACAAAACUCUUUUAAUUCUAAUUCUAAUUCAGCUCAACAGGAGGCAACUUCCUCUGUGAGCAAUGUGAACCAGAAAGCAUCCCCGUCUUUCCAAGGGUCUGCUUCUGUAUUGUCAGGGACAAUGCAGAAUCCACAGACCAGUGGAUUCUCAAGUUCCCAUUUCUUGCAAUCGCAUCAACGUGCUCUUAAUGUUAACGGUGGUCUGCAACAGAACCAUCUGCAAUCUCCUCAAAACAGCCAGGGCUUGCAACAACAAAUGAUCCAGCGGCUGCUACAAGAUAUAAAUAGUAACAACAAUACAGGGGGUGUACAACCACAGCAGCAGCCCCUUGCUGGAAACAGUGCUAAUGUUAGUGCGGGAAGUGAUGGUCUUGGGUAUGGGAGCAACACGUCUAUGGGAUCAGCAGCUCAGGUGAAUAGAGUAGCUACUACAAACAAUCCAAUGCCAACCAGGAGCAAUAGUUUCAAAGGAGUUUCAGCUAGUGAUUCUUCUGCAGCUGUUGGCAAUAAUGGGAACAGCCAGAGAGCAUGUGAUAUACCACAAAAUCUUCAGUUGUCAGACGAAUUGGCACAGGAUAUUGCUCAGGAAUUUUCAGAACAUGGUCUUUUUAGUGAUCUUGAGGAAAGUAUGGCAUAUGGUGGCUGGAAGACAGGAUUGUAACUCACGUGAACGGCUUCUGUUGGGUCAGUUUCUCUAUGUACAUGUUUAAUUAUAUUAGGUCAUGUGUUUCCCGUCCUAUUGAAGCCGAACACACAUAAACUCGUUACAGUACGAAAAAGUUAGGAAAUGUUUAGAGUGUUUAGUUCCCCCUCUUUUUCUCGUUUAUGGUACCAAACCCAUCCAACUGUAAUUUUUUUGGUAAAUGGCGAUUACAAGAAACUUUGUAUACUCA